GUGAUUGUGAUCUAUUUCUCCAGCUCUCAACAUCCAUUUCAGUGGAGUUAUGAAGGCUGUUUGAUUAUUUAGUUUUUGUGAUUGUUUGUCACUUCCAUCAGGAGUCAGCGGUGGAGAUCAAACUGUUCAGAUCCAUCAUGGAUGAUACACAAACAUCCAGAAAUGAAAAUUGUUUUCCAGGAUGCAGCUCAAUUCAUAAGAAGAGAUCAAAACCAGAGUCCAGCUGUGUGUCUAUGAAGAGUGACAUGUCUAGGGGUCAGCCAAUAAAUUUUAAGAGUGGAGAAACAAGGACUGGCCUCAGUCCAGUUCAUCAGAAGAGAUCUGAACCAGAGUCCAGCUGUGUGUCUAUGAAGAGUGAUGUGUCUAAGGGUCAGCCAAUAAAUUUUAAAAGUGGAGAUACACGGACUGGCCUCAGGUCAUUUCAUCAGAGGACAUCGGAACCAAAGUCUAGCUGUGUGUCUAUGAAGAGUGACAUGCCUAUAGAUCAGCCAAUACAAUUAAAGAGUGGAAAUUCACAGCCUGGUCUCAGCCAUAAAGCCUACAGCCUCAACACAUUUAGAUCAUACCUGAGGAAGAAGUUUCAGUGUCUAAAUGAAGGAACAGCAACGCAGGGAAACGCAACACUCCUGAAUGAGAUCUACACAGAGCUCUACAUCACAGAGAGUGAAAAUGGAGAGAUCAAUAAUGAGCAUGAGGUGAGACAGAUUGAGAUACAAUCCAGGAGAGCAGCAACUGAGGACACACCGAUCAAAUGCAAUGACAUCUUUAGACCUUUACCUGGACAAGACAAACCCAUCAGAACUGUGCUGACAAAGGGAGUCGCUGGCAUUGGAAAAACAGUCUCUGUGCAGAAGUUCAUCCUGGACUGGGCUGAAGGGAAAGAGAAUCAGGACGUCCAGCUCAUAUUUCCACUUCCUUUCAGAGAGCUCAACUUGAUGAAGGACAAAACACUCAGUCUUUCAGAUCUUCUUUAUGUCUUUUUCCCUGAAACCAAAGAAAUGGAAAUAUUCAGUGAAUAUAAAGUGUUGUUCAUCUUUGAUGGUCUGGAUGAGUGCCGUCUGUCUCUGAACUUCAAGAGCAAAGUGAAACUGUGUAAUAUAUCUGAAUCAGCCUCAGUGGAUGAGCUGCUGAUUAACCUCAUUGUGGGGAAUCUGCUUCCCUCUGCUCUCAUCUGGAUCACCUCCAGACCAGCAGCAGCUGAUCUCGUUCCCUCUGAGUGUGUCAAUCGAGUGACAGAGGUACGAGGCUUCAGUGACCCACAGAAGGAGGAAUACUUCAGGAAGAGAAUCAGUAAUCUGAGUCUGGCUAACAGGAUCAUCUCACACCUGAAGUCAUCAAGGAGUCUCUUUAUUAUGUGUCACAUCCCAGUGUUCUGCUGGAUCUCAGCCACUGUUCUAGAGAAGAUGUUGAGUGAAGCAGAGAGAGGAGAGAUUCCCAAGACACUCACUCAAAUGUACACACACUUCCUGAUCAUUCAGACUAACAUCAAACAUGAGAAGGACUAUCAGAAGAAAGUGAAAGAUGAAGACAUGAUUUUCAAACUGGGCAAACUGGCUUUUGGACAGCUUGUGAAAGGCAACCUGAUCUUCUAUGAGGAAGACCUGAGAGAGUGUGGCAUUGAUGUGAAAGAAGCAUCAGUGUACUCAGGAUUGUGCACUCAGAUCUUCAGAGAGGAAUUUGGCUUGUAUCAGGGGAAAGUAUUCUGCUUUGUUCAUCUGAGCAUCCAGGAACAUCUAGCAGCACUACAUGUGCAUCUCUCCUUUAUAAACAAUAACAUCAAUGUGAUUGAACAAAUCACCAAACCAAGUCUGUUGUCUAAGGUUUUGUACUUUUUCCAAAAUAAUUCAUCAGAACAUGUUUCAUUAUCUGAGCUGCAUCAGAGAGCUGUGAGUGAGGCUUUACAGAGUAAGAAUGGACAUCUGGAACUUUUCCUGCGUUUCCUUCUGGGUCUCUCAUUGGAGUCCAAUCAGACUCUCUUACGAGAACUACUGAGACAGACAGGAAGCUGCUGCUACAACAAAGAGGAAACAGUUCAGUAUAUUAAACAAGAGAUCAGGGAUAAUCACUCUCCAGAGAGAUCCAUCAAUCUGUUCCACUGUCUGAAUGAACUGGGUGAUGAUUCACUGAUGCAGGAGAUCCAAUAUUAUCUGAAAUCUGGAAAAAUAGGAGAAACCAAACUCUCCUUUUCACAGUGGUCAGCUCUGGUUUAUGUGUUGCUGACAUCAGAGCAGAAGAUUGAUGUUUUUUAUCUAAAACAGUUUAUUGGAGGACAAAAUACAGCAGAUGAAGUUCUUCAGAAGCUGCUGCCUGUGGUUAAAGAAUCCAGAUCAGCUCAGCUACAGUCCUGCAAUCUCACCACUCAUUCCUGUAAGAGUUUGUCUUUAGUUCUACAAUCCUCAAACAUGUUCUUGGGAGAGCUGGACCUGAGUAACAAUGACCUGCAGGAUUCAGGAGUGAACCUUCUUUCUGAUGGACUGAAGAGUCCAAACUGUCAACUGCAGAUACUGAGGCUGUCUGGCUGUAUGGUGACAGAGGAAGGCUGUGGUUAUGUGUCUUCAGCUCUGAGUUCAAACCCCUCACACCUGAGAGAGCUGGAUCUGAGCUACAAUCACCCAGGAGAUUCAGGAGUCAAGCUGCUCUCUGACAAACUCAACCAUCCAAACUACAGACUGGACAAACUCAAUGUGGAUCAUGGAGGAAAGAUCAGGAUUACAGCAGGAGUACGCAAAUAUUCCCAUCAGCUCACUCUGGAUCUGAACACAGUGAAUAAAUGGCUCCGUCUGUCUGAGAGGAACAGAGUGAUUACUUACACUGACCCAGAGGUUCAGCCGUAUCCUAAUCAUCCAGACAGAUUUGAUAUGUGUCAGGUGUUGUGUAGAGAGAGUGUGAGUGGACGCUGUUACUGGGAGAUUGAGUACAGUGGAUUAUAUGUGUGUAUAUCAGUGUCAUAUAAGAGCAUCAGCAGGAAGGGAGGGAGUGUGUGUGUGUUUGGACGUAAUGAUCAGUCCUGGAGUUUGUUCUGCUCUUCCUCCAGUUACUCAUUCAGACACAAUAACAAACAGACUGAUCUCCCUGUAGAGUCCAUCAGCAGGAGAAUAGGAGUGUUUGUGGAUCACAGCGCAGGAACUCUGUCCUUCUACAGCAUCUCUGGAGACACAAUGAUCCUCAUCCACACAGUCCAGACCACAUUCACUCAACUACUCUAUCCUGGGUUUUAUGUUGGUUUAGGAUCAUCAGUGAAACUGUGUUGAUGAAUCAUAACAGACUGAUGAGAGAUUCUACUCAUAAUGCUUUGAGCUCAUGAUGAAUCAGUGACAGUGAGAUGUUAUAGAGUCUCUUCAUUACAUUAAUACUGAAAUAUCAUGUCAGAAUAAAUGUGAUAAAUCCUCAUAUAUACAUUCA